AUGAGUAGUAAUGUGAACAAAGGUUCUAACGGGCGUGCAAAUGAGAAUAGCAAUUCGAAUGAUAAUCUGAAUGUUAAUCUUAAUGACAACCCAAAUAACAAUCCGAAUGAGGGCUGGAAUUCUGAACAAUUAAAGGAUGAAGAAAAUAUAGGAUAUGAAAAACCGGACACGCAUACAAAUUUCUGGAAAUCUUUUGGCCUAGAUACUAAGGCAGGGAAGUUACUUUACAAUAUGUAUGGGGAGAAAAGUAAAAUAACCCCAGCUCUUAUUAAAACAAAAAUGGAUAUUAAAAAGGAUGUUCAGCCAAGUGAACCAGAAGAACCAAAGAGAAGGAAACCUCAAGUUAGCUAUCCGAUGUUCAAAAAGGAAGCAGCGAAGAAAAAGCCGAUAGAUACAAUACCACAUAAAAAACCUCUAUCGAAAAUUCUAGAAGAAACGAAAAACUAUGAAUCCAUAAAAGAGCUACCUGUGCAAAUAGAACGAAAUAGAAAUCUCGAAAAGAAAAAAUUGAGUGAACUUUUCUUUGAGCAGAAAUGUAAAGUUCUUCCUCCAAGUUGCUCUUCAGCAGUUUUGACAGAGGAAGAAAGAAAAGAAAUAAUUGAAAGUUCUGCGAAAAAUUUCCAUGAUCUUAGAAAUUCUAAUUGUAGAGAAGAGAAAAUUAUAGAAUCUAUGAAGAUUUAUCAAUCUGAGUUAAUUGAAGAAUUACAACAAAAGGUGAAUCAAUAUAAACAUAUCUUAUCACUUGGGGAAACAAAUAACGAUGCUGUAAAUAUGAAGAGCAGGUCAUCCAAUGAAUUCGAGUAUAAAAAAAUUGAACUUAUAAACGAAAUUGAAGAAUGUAAAAGGAAUAUUGAAAAAACGAAUGCCAUUUUGAAUUCAUAUAAAUAA